AGAAUAAACUUGUCUCACUCCUAUGAGCGAGAGCAAGAAGAGGUAUUUCCACAGGCCCCAUUUAGGCCAGCUGCCUCCAGUUCUCUCCUCAGAUUCGUCCCUCAUCUUGGGGUACAGGAGGGCUCCCCAUGGAUCUGCCUUAUUACCAUGGCCCUCUGUCCAAGCGAGACUGUGAGACCUUGCUGCUCAAGGAAGGAGUGGAUGGCAACUAUCUGUUAAGAGACAGCGAGUCGAUGCCCGGGGUCCUGUGCCUCUGCGUCUCGUUUAAAAAUUUUGUCUACACAUACCGAAUCUUCAAAGAGAAACAUGGGUAUUACAACAUACAGACUGUGGAAGGUGUUAAACGAGAGGUCUUUCCAAACCUAAAUGAACUGAUCUCCAAGUUUGAAAAGCCAAAUCAAGGACUGAUGUUUCACCUCGUAAACCCAAUAAAGAGAACCAGAUCCUGCCUGAGAUGGAGAAGAUCGAAGAUAGAGUUGGAUGGUAUUUAUGAGAACAGUGGCAGCGACUAUGUGGAUGUCCUGCCUUGAAGGGAUGGAGACUGGAUGAAGCACUUACAGAAGAGAUGGGUGACAGCUCUCGCCAGCGAUCCUGCUUCUCCUGCAGGUGUGGGUCUGGAAGACCAAACUCUAGGGGACAAUUUAGACUCUCCUGUUCUGAGUGACUGAAGAUGUUUUGUUCACCAGCUGCAGAGAAAUCAGUCCCCUUGCCCUGCCUCCCAUGCUUACCAAACGAGGAGCUUCAAAACCCCAUUCCCCCUCCCACUGUUCUUUCUUGGAAUAGGACCGCCUGAACCUAUUCUUGACUUGUUAAAGGUGCUACCACUACAAGACAGUUGAUGUCUGGUCAACUGGGAGAGAAGAGAGUGCUGGUGUCUACUUUGGAGCUUGAGUUCCAGUCAUGAUGAUGUGACUGCCGACAAACCGCUUCCUCUUUCUAGGCCUGUUCCUUCAUUGAAAAACAAGUGGCUGGGCAGAGGACAGCCGACGCCCCAGCCUCUCUGCUGAGGCUGGUUGAGUCAGGUGGCAUUGGGGAGCCCCUGAGUGAUGGACGUAUACACUGGAUCUCAGACUCCCGAAACAGCCAACACAUUCUCUGCACCUGCCUGUACUGGUCUUGGUGAUGGUGGGAGCCCAGACCCAAUCAUGCACCCUUUUCCCUCCAGCCUGGGGGGCCCACCUUCUUUCUAAUCUCCUUCCCUGCUAAACUUUGCCCUGGAGACACUUCCUCUUUGAUUCUGCCUAAUUUCAUUUAUGCAUUAACCACUUUAACAGCAGCGACGGGGCUCUGCGUUGUGACACAUGUGGGGAUUUUGAAGGCGUGUCACAGUGCAGAACCACGUCGCUGCUGUUAAAGUGGUUAGUGCUGUUUCUGACUAGGCUUUAAAGUGUGGUUGAGUCUCCCCGUGAAUCCUCCACAGCACAGAGAAGUGCAUGCCGCACUAACUGCGCCCCAUUUAGAGACAUUACUGACUAGGAGCCCAUUCCCGAAGGGUUUGUCGCCUUGGUUCUAAGGCCCUUUGUAGUUUUCUGCUAGUUCACAUUUUAAAGUAAGACCUCCUUAGUGUGG